AUCAGAGUUGCUAGGAAAGAGUUGCAUCUUUUUAUCCCAUUGAAUGAAAUAAUUAUGAAAUUCAUAAAUAAGUGCAUAAUGGUAUUAUUAAAUGUACGUAUAUUUGUUUCUAUUUGUGUGAGUUUGGCGAAAUACCUAUAAUAUAAUAUUUUCGAAGGAAUUUUUCUACUGUUUUAAUUCUUCGGGAAAGCAGGUGCAACCCUGCAGUACAAAUUCAAAAUGGCCGUCCCCAACAAAAAAGCAAAAUUUCUGUACAGUGAAGAAGCGUCCGAGAAAAGUUCAAUAUACGGUGUGUAGCUUUUAAUAUUUUUGCUUUCUUAAUUAAAUAAGAGAACUCAUUUACAAAAAAGAGUGAAAUCUGCAUAAGCUCAUUUUAGUGUAAAAAAUAUUGAAAGAUGAGUUUAUAAAAACGAUCUAAAUAAAAGAAUGAGUGGUGAGCAAAUUUUCUAGGCGAAAAUUUUCGUUUCAAUUAUAUUUGUGCGGAGCAAAGGAAGGAACGAAGUGAGUUCGAGAAAACUAAGGUCUGCAGUAAAAAGGAAAAGAAAAAAGUGAAAGCAGACAAGAGAACGUAACGUGCACUGAAAAGUUAUAUGCAAAAAUUGUGAAGUGGGCAAGCAAAGAAACAAAAAGUUUUUGGCGAAGUUUUUUUUUCUACUGAAACUACACAAGAAAAAAUGUUAGUACACGCGUAUAAUCACAGAAACAGCUGCAGCUGAACAGCCUACUCCUAAAUUAAAUUGGACUUAUGCAAAGCGUAGUGAAGAUUGUAUCGAGUGGGUAUCUAAACGCGUAAUUAAUUUUUCCUGCUUGUAAACUCUCAUCAUACAAAAAUUAUUUGUGUCCCACUCCAACUCUUGCCUAAUAUUAACGGACAUGGAGUUCGAGGAGCUAGAAGGCAUCGCCAAAACGGACUUUGUUCCGCUCAUGCCGCUUAUAAAACAAGAACAAAUGGAUACGGCAAUGCCCGAGACAGCAGCACCGGAACAGCUCGCCGGCAUCGGCAAUGCUGCUACAGCGACUACGUCCUCAUUUUCAGCUUCGUCAUUUGGGAAUCCCUGCGAUAGUGCCGAGAAGCGGUCGGAAUCCACAUCAUCAGCUUCCACUAAAUUCGCUCUUCUUAAAUGCGUGUGGUGCAACCAACUGCUGGGUAUCAAUGAUCGUCCCAAGCUAUUGGAAUGUCUACAUGUCUCCUGCUCACAAUGUGUAAAUACGAAGUUUUCUGAAUUAGAUCGUACUAUGCCGCCUCUCAUACAUUGCCCUGUUUGUAAUAUGGCCUCACAGAAUGAGUUUAUCAUCGAUAAUCAAUUUCUGAUCGAGCAAUGCACAGCCGCCGGUGAUAACAGUUUGACUGAGGGUGGCUCCACAGAUGCAUCCAAAACGACCGUUACGGCUAAUAUAACUUGCAGUAGUUGCUCUGAUAAUGCCAUAGCGACGUCAUGGUGUGUAGAUUGUUCCGAAUAUAUUUGUGACAGUUGCGUGCAGGCGCAUCAACGUCUCAAAAUCACCAAGGAUCACACAAUUAAGCCAAAAGAAGAAGCCAAUAAUGAACAAUUACCAGGAGCUGCUGGUGUCGAUAAAUUGCAUAUGUGUCAUCUGCAUCCGCAAGAGAAAUUGUCGCUAUUUUGUGAGACUUGCGAUAAGUUGACAUGCCGUGAUUGUCAACUCAGCGAUCAUCGUGAUCACAAAUAUAAGUUUGCGCACGAAAUUGCCACUGAAACGCGGCAAGCGUUAAAAACGCUCGUCUCAGAAAUCAACUAUAAGCGCUUCCUACUCUCGUCCGCCACAAAAGUGAUUGAUGACCGACAAAAACAAAUUGCCGAUCGUAAAAAGGAUCUCAUUAAAGAGAUCACAGCAAUGGUAGUAAAAAUCACAAACACAGUAAAUAUGCGUGGCAAACAAUUGGCGAUGCGUCUAAAUGAGGUGUGCGAUACCAAAAUGAAAGUGUUAAUCGAAAAAAAGGACGCAUUGCAGUUGCUCUCCGACAACACUGACCAUUGCAUUGAAUUUAUGGAGAAUGCCAUGGAGAAGGGCAGCGACUAUGCAAUUCUGUCUAGCAAGAAAUCAUUGGUACGACAUUUGCAGAAGCUGAAAUGUCAACGUGCAGACAUACCGAAUCCAGAAAUUCCAGUGCGGAUUCAAGUACAGUUGAAUCAAGUAUCCGAACUGCAGAAAGUUAUUUCUCAGCUCGGCACUGUUAUUGUGGAUGGUAAACCUUAUCCCCCAACGCCAUCUCCAAAUGGCCCGCCACGCCAACAACCAAGUCCCAACAUGGCACCACCGCUGCGGCCAGGUCUACCACCUGGCAUGCCCGCCGGCAUGUCUCCUACUGGUCCACCAAGCGGAUAUGGACCUCAGAAUGGGCCACCGAUCUACAACAACAGCUCUUCGGCACAGCAACAAUUUAACAACAUGCAAAUGAACCGCAACUAUGCUGCCGAGGGCGCAGGUAAGGUUCGUUUUGGUGCCAUGCCACCGGUGGGAAUGCAACGCCAAGGUCAGCCACAUGUUAGUUCCUCAACACACCCUCAGAAUAUGGAUAUGAGCUUACGUGGCCUAUUGAAUAAUCAAGCAGCGCAGAGUCCUAAUCAAGCACAUAUAUCCUUCAAUGGGCCACCCAAUUAUCCGGGAGGUCCGCAAGGCGCCGCUUCUCCACACCAACAAAUGGGCACCCAAAUGAGGCCGCAUUUUAUGGGCGGUCCUCCAGGCCAACAACAUCAGAAUUACCCGCAGAAUGCGCCUGGUGGACCGAAUAACCCGAACUUUAUAAACAAUACUGCUCGUUUCCAGAAUUAUCAACGCAUGUCGAGUCACGCGCAACAGCAGGCCGCAGUAGCAGCAAUGUCAAGCGGGGGCGGACCUGGUGGCCCGUGCGGCAGUCAAAUACCAUCGCCAAACGCCAUGCAGCGCCCGCAAAUUAUACCCAAUCCUAUGCAGAAUAACCUGGGGUUUCAUGGGAGCCAGCCUGGCUUCAGUCCCGGUCCCCCACAGACUUCGCCACAAAUGAAUAGCAGCUUAAGCAGCAUGCAUAGCAUGGCCAAGUGGCACAUACCUCAGUCGGCGCAGCAGACAAAUGCUUGUCCCCAACAAGGUCCGCUUAUGCAAUUUGCGAAUGGCCGUCAAACGGAAAACUUUAAGAUUUCCCUAAAGUCUCCUAAUACACUGAAGAAUACUACACCUCCAAAUGGCAGCUCGUCGGCGCACAGUAUGCAAGGCAAUAGUGCUGCUAGCUUGCAUGCUGCUUCGCUUGGGCUCGGACCAGCUGUCUCCAUACUACCCAAUGUUACAUCAACGAAUCCAAAGACACCGAGCCCGAGCACUAACGAGAACGCAAAAGAUUUUACCGAACCGAUUGACAAGGUUCGUGACGAUUCUAUAAACGAUCUGAUGGCCACCAUUGCCAAAUUGGACUCCAAUGGGGUGCAAGUGUUGCCAGAGGGCCGCACCAAGACAACGUCGCCACAAGUUCACAGCUCAACCGACCUAUCCAAUACUCAAGAAGUUAAUAAUAAAAAUGAUCAAAAAGACGACCCGAACGAAGAUUGGUGUGCCGUUUGCCUUGACGGUGGAGAGCUCAUGUGCUGCGACAAGUGUCCGAAGGUGUUUCAUCAGAAUUGUCAUAUACCUGCCAUCAGUUCAUUGCCAGACGAGAGCGAAAGUUGGCAGUGCCUAUUAUGCGUGAAUCUCAAAGAGCUGGCUAACAAUGCGGAUAACAUACAGAAGGUGCCCGGCGAGCUGAGCCGGCUAGAAUUGCAGGUCAUGCAAAGGAUUUGUCUCGAGCUGUACUGCCAGUAUGAGCAGAGUCUACAUUUCCGCGAACCAGAACCACCUACAAAUACUGCGUAUUAUGAGAUUAUUUGCAACCCCAUGUCUUUGGAUGUUAUACGUACAAGAUUGGAUCCUUCCAGCCCAAAUCAUUACAAGGAUAUCGCUGGCUUUGUAUCGGACGUGCGUCUAAUAUUUAAAAAUACUUAUCUCUUCUAUCAAGAGGAUUCAAAAACAUUCACAAAUGCUAAGUAUUUGGAGAACUUUUUCGAAGAACAAUUGACCAAAUGGCUGCCAAACUUCGCCAACAAGUCCAACAGUAUUGCAAAUACUAAUAUCAACAAUCUUACAAAUACCAGCAAUAAUAGUGCUUCCACGUCGACAGCAGCAUCCCCAGGUCUCAUGAAUCUAGCAACUGGUGCUCUAGGCUCGCCGGGUAGCAUUGCGUCGAUGGAGAAUGGCAGGAAGAGUUGCAGCGCAGCAUUAAGUGGUGACGAUGACUCAUGCAAUCCGCCGAAAAGAUCACGUAAACUAACCGAAUAGGACAAAUUUAAUCAGCUACUUAACACCAUGCUAGCAACAAUCAACAAUGGCAAUGAGAGCGAAGAAGCACUCGCUUUGCUCAGUCUAUGCUGUCCCCCACAGACUCAGCCGCCGAGCCUACUUUUCUAAUACCCAACCAAUGGGUAAACAAUUUAAUGCAAAAUGACGCAAAAGAGUUAAUAAAUUUUGUUUAUAACAAAAAUUUUAAACAUUUGCAAAUCGUGCGCACGUGCUAGUUACAGAGUUUUAGAUAUACUAUAUGUAUGCAUAUAUUUUUUUUGAAACUCUUUAACGAAAAGUUUAAUGUGUUCAAUGGUGAAUCUACUCGCAACAACAUUUAAAAUACUGAUUUAAAAGAUUUUAUUGGCAUCGAAUUUACAAAAGAAAUUACACCGCACGGGUUGGGCGCACUACUGCGAUUUGCUAUACUGUCUUCAAAAACUCAAUUAAAGUAACUUUGAGAAGCUUCCCACACUAUGACAACAAAGAGUAAAGAUUAGAAAAUGAAUGAACACUCCUAUGAAUAUAAGAAUAUAGACAUUAUUUGAAAGACAUCGUUUCGAAAUUAACUAUAUGUUGUAAAGUUCUUUAUUUAGAGUAUUAAAAGGCAAGAAAAAUGAGAUGACUCAUUUUGAACUUACAAAAUAAAAAUACAGUAGUAGCAUGUAAUCAUUAAACAUAAAAAAAAAAUUAAAUUAAAAUAAUUGCACUCACUAAAAUUAAACUAAAGCUGCACCAAAAUAAUCUUAAGAGCGCAAAGAACAAAAUAAAAAAAGAAAACGUAUUUUCACUGUAUAGAAAAGAAAAAUUCUCAUUUGUAAAUAAUAUAAUGCAUUAUAUCAUUAAUAAUGAUUUACAAAUCAAAAGUAUAAAAUAUACCAACCAAUAUAUGGACAAGCACAUAUUUCGCUUGGGAUAAAACAACUAUCAAGAAAACAAAAAAAAAAAAUAUCACUCCCACUACUAAAAUACAUGCGAAAAUGAAGCAAGCAAAGAAGAAAUAACUGAAAUUUGUUGUGUUAUUAUAUUUGAUUAUAUGAAGCGAUAAUUUUAUAAAAGACAACUCUUUAACGCUGAGACACACACCACAUUACCAAAUUAUUCUUUAUAUGGCGAAUUUAUAAAUCGAAAAAUUUUGUGUUUCUUUUGAUGAGCGAAGUUCGGUUUUGCGAUUUUUUAGGCAAUUGCAUUUGUAAUUUUGGCCAGCUGUGAAAGAUACGCAAAUUCCCUACCUAAGUGUAUAAGUUUCAAAGCAUAAAAGUAAGCUGCUAAUAAAAUCUCAAUUUUCUAAAAAAAAAAUCGAUACUCAAACUCAAGCAUCGUACAUUACGUUCAGCAAUAUGGCAAUUUCCCAAUAUUUAUAAAAUAUAUGCCGAAGCACACUUUCAAGUAAAAUUUCAAACCGAGCCUAAUUAUUUAACUCUUUUGCAUCACCGCUCGAAAUGCGCGAUGUACUCAAAAUACCAAAAUACUUUUACUCUCUGUUCUAACGAAAAAGAAUGCUAAAGGAUUACCAAAAUUAUUUAUUUUCCUCAAUUUUUUCAAAAAUGUUCCUCAUAUUUAUUUUCCUUUAACAAAAAGAAAAAUUAUUGCGAAUUAUUCCGUUCCGUUGUUGAUAAAAGAGAGUUUUUGUUUGCGCGCACAAUUCCGCUCUUGGGGAUAAGAGAGCGUUUUUGUUCGCGCGGACUAUUCCGUCGAAUGAUGCAAAAGGGUCAAAGAUUGUGCGCUGCAUAGUUAACUAGCAUCACUAACAUAAUAUACCUGGCAAGCAGACUAAAAAAUUGCCGUUUUCCCAAGUUCCCACGGCAGUCGGUUCUACUUUACCGAACGACCCGGAGGAUUUAUAUCCGGCCGAUGACUUUCACUCCAGCAACAUUCCCCUUACAUGUAUGCAGAAUGUUUACGCUACUACAACAACAAUAAUAGAUCUUUUUCAGUUAAAAGCUAUUUUCAGCCAUUGUUGCACAAUAAUUUUUUGUAUUAAAUUUUUAGUCUGGGGAAAAGAAAGGAAAAAUGUUUGCGCCAAUGGUGUAAAACUGUUAUAUGGUCGAUCCUUAGCGCCUGGACGAUGCUACGACUACUAACAUGCCGGUUAACUUCGGUCGUAUGCGAUUUUAUCGACAUUUUCUUUAACAUCAAAACUGCCUGAACGGAAUAGAAGACACUAAAAUUGCACGCAAUUAACUGUUACAGUGCACCAUCAACACCAUUCACAAUUUCAGCGGAAUGGCUUGCAUUUUCGCCUUUAUUAAAGAAAAACAAUGAAAUGUACCGAAUUGUAUUUUCUCUUUGUUGACUUCCAUUGCUAACACCCUGUGGCUCACAAAUGACUGAACAAACAAAAUUGCAAAAGAUUUUUUUUAGUGUGAAAUGUCACCUUGACAACGAGCUCACGUACAGAAAAAAUAAUGGAUUUCUUCUUCCUCGAACUAAUACUCGUAUAUGUACACUCGUAUAUCUGAGGCCAAAAUUACUCGCCCACUCUUGGCAGCUUUGCAUUCAAAUCUAACUUUGUGAUAAUAUAAAUUAGACCAGCGAAAUUUUGAAGGAAUUUUUGUGAAUUUAAAAAAGGCCAAUAAAUCAAAGUCUUUAGAGCAUAAAUACAUUUUAUAAUUGCUGGUUUGCAAUAAUGCAUUCGUUUCUUCUUCUUUAGCUUGGAAGGCUUAAGUAUAAGUGCUCACGUUAUAACUAUAAAUAGUUAAUGAUUGGAUUAAUUAACUACGGUCAUGUAAACGUACGAAUUACAUAUAUAUAUAUAUAUAUAUAUAUAUAUAUAUAUAUAUAUAUAUAUAUCAUAUACUAUAUAUAUAGUAUAUAAUAAAGCAUUAAAGAAAGCAUAGCGUAGACUUUUUCUAGUAUAUCGUAUAUAUGUAACUCCUCAUACCAAGUAUUUAAAAUAUGACAAAUUAAAAAAUAAGACUUUUUUGGUAAAUUUUCCCAACUAACCAAGUUAUGUUAAAGCAGGUCAACCAUGUUGAAAAAGUAUUUAAUAAACAAUAUAGUAUUUUAGUUGCAAGUGAAGAAUCUGUAUGCCUUGCAUAGUGUUUUGUUUUUUAAUGCCCCUAUGCAUAUACAUACAUAUGUAACUAUUGUCUAGUUUAUUAUGACCAUCAUACAUAUGUAGAUACUAAAAAUAGAAUUAGAAUUAAUUGAAGUAAAACCCAAUGAAUUGAAUGUUAGUUAAUAAUUAUAUUUUAUAUAAUAUUAUGCAAAAUGUACAUGCCAAUAGUUAUUUUCAUUAUAGUAGAUAUUAAACCAUAACAAAGAUGCACUGCAAACUGUUGAUUGCAAUAAAAUUCCAUGCUGUAACUUGUACAAUUGUGGACACACCAACAUACGUCGAUAAAUAUAUAAUAGUAUGCGUUAGCAAUGGGGGAAGCCCUUCGUAGUGGAUGUAUCCAUAACCCAUAAUUGACGAUUUGCAUAGCUAGUAUGUUAGCUACACACAGAAUAUUACAUACGUAUAGCACUUAAUACAAAUAGAAAGCAUAUUUCGUUUCGUUAUCAGCAGUUUGCAGGAUUUGUAAGUAGUAAUUCUAUGCAAAUAGAUGUCGUAAAAAUUCACGUAAAUAGAUAUUGUUUUCAUAAUAAUUUUAUAUGCACAUUUCUACAAAAAACACACACAAAAUACGUAUACACAUGCAUACAUACUUAUUGCAGAUAAUUAUUAAAUUUAGUAGAUUUUAUGAUGGUAGAGAUAGUUUAUAAUUUAUAAAAAAAGAAAGAAAAAAUCGUUUUCCUUACCAUGUUGCAAUGAGGAUGAAAUGAUAUGGUUACUAUGAUGAGGGGUAGUUUAGAAAAUACAUGCGUAUAUUUGUAUGUGGGCACGCAUGUCAAAGAAGUUGUAAAACCUACUGCAUUAUUUCUAAGCAAAAAAGAUAUAAAUUAAUAAACAACUGGAUAUUUAAUGUAAAACAAUAAU